AUGAGUCGUUCAAUUGCUCCAAUCCUCUGUACCUUCCUCCUAUUGGCCGCCACCUCGGCCUCGGCCUUUAAUAUCACAAAAAUUCUAAGCCAAUAUUCAGAUUACAGCACCUUCAAUGAACUUCUUUCUAAAUCUGGCUUAGCCGCUGAAAUUAACAAAAGGGCCACAAUUACAAUUUUGGCCGUUCCAAAUGGUGCAAUUGGUGAUCUUACCUCAAAAUCAGAUGAUGUUCUCAAGAGAGAAUUAUCAACCUAUGUUAUAUUAGAUUACUAUGAUAUCCCGAAACUCAGAAGUAUGAAGGAAAAAACAGCAAAAAUGACAAAUAUGUACCAACAAUCUGGUAAAGCAGCAUAUGACCAAGGUUUCUUGAAUGUGACAGCUAAAGAUGGUAGUUUUGUAUUUGGAUCAGCUGUUAAAGGCGCUCAACGCGAUUCGAGGCUCGAAAAAUCUGUAAUGAAUCAGCCUUAUAACAUCUCAAUUCUUGGAAUUUCUCAGCCAAUGGUUACACCUGGACUUGAUGGAACACUUGCACCAGUUUCAGCUCCACCACCUAAGGCUACUGCACCAUCUUCACCUAAGAGUUCACCACCACCUUCUGAUGAUGAAGCAGAGUCCCCUGAAGAAGAAGAAGCAGAGUCCCCUGUUGAAGAAACAGAGGCUCCUUCUCCUUCUGAGGAUGCCGAUUCUCCGGCUAGUUCACCGUCACCGGCCGAUGAUUCUCCUCCGGCCGAUGUUCAGUCGCCCCCACCGGCUGGAUCAUCUGCUGGAAAAUUGAAGGUUUCCUUUGGUUUGUUUGUUGUUUUGGCCUCAAUGGUUGCAGCUUUUUAA